CCCUCCCCUCUUUAAAUGGCCCCCCCACAGCCUGUACCACCUGUCUUCCACCACCAUUACUCGCACUUCAGACCACCCCUCUCCAUUUCCCAACCUCUCACCCUCCUCCUCCUCCUCUUACACUCUCCUUCAAGCAUCUCCUCCCCCCCUCCCCACUACCAGAUGGGCUUAAGCAUGGUUGGAAUGGGUGGAUCGGUGAUGCUGGUAUUGGUGGCUCAACUAUUAAUGGCUGGGUUGGUGGGGGUGUGUGAAGGGCAGGGCCUCGUCCCUGGGGUCGUCAUCUUUGGGGACUCGGUCGUAGACGUCGGCAACAACAACAACCGCCUCACUCUCGUGAAGGCCAACUUCCCUCCGUAUGGGAGAGAUUUCGUCGACCAUGCUCCCACUGGAAGGUUUUGCAACGGCAAACUAGCAACUGACUUCACUGUGGAGAAUCUUGGGUUCACUUCGUAUCCGCCAGCCUAUCUCAGCGAGCAGGCCACGGGGAAGAACCUCUUGUCCGGUGCCAACUUCGCCUCUGGUGGUGCUGGCUACUUGGACAGUACAUCAACCCUUUAUGGUGCUAUCUCGCUGAAUCAGCAGCUGAGGAACUACAAGGAUUACCAGUCCAAGGUGGAGAGGAUCGCAGGGAAGGCAAAUGCUACGGCGCUCUUCGCCGGAUCCAUCUACGUAGUGAGUGCAGGGGCCAGUGACUACGUGCAGAACUACUACAUCAACCCCGUGCUUAACAGGGCCUACACCCCGGACCAGUUUGCUGACUUGGUCCUUCAAAACUUCAACACUUUCAGCGAGGCUCUAUACAAUUUGGGAGCUCGGAGGAUCGGGGUGACGUCGCUGCCGCCGCUAGGCUGCCUUCCGGCAGUCAUCACACUGUUCGGGGCCGGCAGAAAUGACUGCAUCGCCCGCCUCAACAACGACGCAAUAGUCUUCAACAAGAAGCUCAAAGCAGCCGGCCAGGCCCUGAAGAGGAGCCAUCCUAAACUGAAGCUGGUUGUGUUCGACAUCUACAACCCUCUGCUCGACCUCAUCGCACACCCUGAGAAUUAUGGGUUCUUUGAAGCAAGGAAGGCGUGCUGUGGGACUGGGACCAUUGAGACAUCUCUUCUUUGCAACACGAGGUCCCCAGGUACAUGCGCCAAUGCCACCGGGUACGUGUUCUGGGACAGCGCCCACCCAACAGAGGCUGCCAACCAGGUCUUGUCGGAUGCCAUCCUCGCCCAAGGCAUCGAUCUCAUCUCCUAAGCAGUGCAAUCGCACUCAAAAAUCUCUAUGUAUUUGUGAUCUACCUUCAGUUUAUCUAUAUAUCGACCAUAUCUCAGUAGUAAAUACUUUGUGUACCAGUGAAGGUGUGGUUUGUCAUGUUUAGGUUAGUCUUCCUUCUUGAGGGGCAGGUGGUCUCGAGCUGGAAGUGGGUGCUUAGUGGGGUCUUGUGGAGAGGAAGUGCGUUUACAGGUGGUGGUGGGCUCAGCCUCCACUUCUGGAGUCCGGAAAGUUAUGUUGCAAAGUUUGACUACUAUGAUGAUAAUCUUUAAUUGUGUUGUCGGGAAA